UUUGAGUUAAAUCCCUGUGAAGUCACAGGUUUUUUUUUAAAUAGCUGAGAAGCAUCAGGCAGUGGUGCGGACGGCCUGCCCCGGGUCCCAGGACUGAGAGUUGGGAAGCGGCGCGUGGGCUGUGCUGGGUGGUGCCUGUCGCGGGGCUUCGUGGUCUUAUCUGUUUUGCGAGGGUAAGGUGGGUCGGUUCCUCUGAUGGAUUGGCCAGGGCCAGGCCCAGUGCUCGGUUCUGAGAAUACAGCUGUGCACAGGGUCCACCUGUUCCCUGCCCUCUGGAACUUGAUAGAAUAAGAAAUGUAAACAGAAUUAACUGAGCUUUGGAAUGAAAUACUUCCUUUUCCUCACGGGAGAGAAUAAUAGAGGCACCAGUGGUACAUGGUCUAUGGAAGAAAAAGAAUGGGUCAAAAGAAAUUUUUUAAAAUGUCCUUCAACCUAGCUUCUUUCAAGUGAAUUUAAAAGGAAUAGGAGAGUGCUAUUCCACCCAGAAUGGAAGUGUGUCCUUACUGUAAGAAGCCAUUUAAACGAUUAAAAUCCCAUUUGCCAUACUGUAAGAUGAUAGGACCAGCUUUGCCUGCUGUUUGUCAGUCCAAGCCGGCUACACUCCCACGUGCUAAAAAAAUCAAAGGGCCAAUCAGAGACUCAGUUAAAGCAAAAGAGAAAGGGUUAGGGACAGAUAGUAAGAAAAGAAAUCCUGAACUGAAAGGGGACAGAUCAGAACAACAGACAGUUAAGUCCUCUCCACGACUAGCUGUUGGUUUGGAAAAAACAAGUAAUACAAAGGCUGAUAAAGACUUCAAGAAUCAAAUUCAACCCUCCCUCAAAAUGCUAAAAAAUACUGAACUGAAGAUUACUUCCCAGGGAGAAACUACAGCUCAGUUUUCUGCAUCAGAAAACACCACUCCUAAAAAAGAGCUUGCCGAAGAUUUGUCUAAGUCAGAGGAAGGUAGAAAUAACCCUUCAGAAACUGAAGCUUCUUUAGCUCUUGGCCCAAUGGAACCUUCUCUGGCAAAUCAAGAUAGGAAAUAUUCUUUGGCCUUCCCUAAUGAUGUACAAGCCACUUCUGCUGAUUUAAGAUUGGACAGAGUGGAUGCCCCAAGACAGAACCUUCUCAUAAAAUUACUAGAUAUGCCUCUGGGCGAUGAUCACAGUUCUCCCACGAAUCUCAAUUACGGGGUUAAAAGGGUAAGCACAUCAUCAAGCAGUGAGAGAGACUCCAAGGCCGGGGAUCACCUCUUGGGAGUCUCUGCUAGAGACUCUGGGACUUGGGAAAAGAACACAGAAUCACAAAUUGCAGCUUUUAAAGUUAGCCCGUUAGGUAAAAUCCAGGUCAAGGAGAACCAGGGAAAAGGACUUGACCUUGGAGCAGAGGCAUGUGGGAGCCAAGGAAAUGCAGAGAAAAGUGCAUUCGCAACAGAAAUGCAGGAAUGGGCUGCCAAGAGCAAUGAUUCAGUCAUGGAGAUGAAAUAUCGAGGUGAAGGCCCCGAUUUAGAGUUGCUCACGCCAAUGGGGACAGAUUGCAGUGAGCUUCUCUCUGUUUCACAGUCACGUAAUCAAAGUCUUGCCUCUCUGGCUAUGAAAUUUCUCCAAGAAGAGAAGGCAGAAGCCUUCAGCCGUAAUCAAGUCCCUGCUAUGAAGGCAUUGACAAAGAGUGAGGAACAAGCUUCUCUGACACCCAAGUCGGGCUGUCGGCCGCCAGCAUCGCACCUCAGGGGCCAGCAUUCUGCACAUUCAACCCAUCAUCACGGUUCUAAAAGCCCCUUCACAGGCCAUAUCGGUGCCAGCGACAGAAAGACCCUGUCCAGCUCCCUGGGGCUGGAGUGGUUUCCAGAGCUCUAUCCGGGUUAUCUUGGGCUCGGGGUGUUGCCGGGGAAGCCUCAGCAUUGGGGCACAUUGGCCCAGAAGCCUGCGCUCAUCAGUACCCAGGGGGAAAGCUGCUCACAAGUUCCUUUGUUGGAAAGAAGUUCGACGGCGGUAAGAAGUUUGGAAGCCCCGGCCAGGCUCACAACCUCCAGCUUCUCUCUAAGGAGGCUCUUGGGAGCUGUCCAAACAGGCUGGAUCAGGUGUCGUACCACCGUGAAGAGCAGAGGAGUUGGUGGCAUCAUGGUGCUCUUCACAGGGUACUUCGUCCUUUGUUGUAGCUGGAGCUUCAAGCAUCUGAAAAGCGUGCCAAGCCCUGCCCCAGAUGGACAGGACGCCUCACGGGCUCCUGUGUCGGAGGGAUGAAGAGGACUGGGGAUCUCCGCUUUGAAGCGUUUGGUUAGGAAACGCGUUUCAGGAGGAGAAGCCUUUCUGGAUUCAGUACCUAAGCGCCUGAGCAUUGCCCCUCAGCUCCCCACAGCAUGUGAGUGCAGUGGCGGCGGCAAGAGUGAGCCCACAGCCCCCGAGAGUUGUCAUCCGGAUCAUUUUUGUCCCUACUGUAAGUAACCUAGCGCCACUUGUCGUAAUCAGAAUGCUAAAACAUCAUGAAAGGGUUUUACUCCGUUAGAUCACAAUAAAUACUUUACAUCUCUGAAAAUAAGUUCCUUAAUGAGAAAAACGAACUACUUAAUGGCCCAUCAGUCCUGGAGGGAUAUCUGCUGCUUGUUGCCCGGUGUGUUGUGUUAGUUCCCGGUGUGCAGCAUGGUGAUGCAGUUAUACAUACAUAUUUCUAUCCUUUUAUGUAUACGUAUUCUUUUACAGAUUCCUUUCUCUUAUAGUUUAUUACAAAAUUUUGAGUAGAGUUCCCUGUGCUACACAGUAGGUCCUUGUUGAUUAUCGAUUUUAUAUAGAGUGGUGUGUAUCUGUGAAUCCCAACCUCCUACUUUAUCCCUGCCCCCCCCCCGCCCUUUUCCCCUUUGGUAACCAUAAAUUUGUUUUCUACGUCUGUGGGUCUUUUUCUGUUUCAUAUAUAAGUUCAUUUGUAUCAUUUAUUUUUUGUAGAUUCCCCAUAUAAGCGAUAUCAUAUAUUCGUCUUUGUCUGGCUUACUUAGUAUGAUCAUCUCCUAAGUCCAUCCACGUUGCUGCAAAUGGCAUUAUUUCGUUCUUUUUAAUGGCUGAGUAAUAUUCCAUUGUAUAUAUGUACCAUAUCUUCUUUAUCCAUUCCUCUGUCAGUGGACAUUUAGGUUGCUUCCAUGUGCUGACUAUUGUAAAUAGUGCUUCUGUGAACAUUGGGGUACAUUUAUCUUUUCGAAUCAUGGUUUUCUCCAGAUAUAUGCCCAGCAGUGGGAUUGUAGGAUCAUAUGGUAGCUCUAUUUUUAGUUUUUUAAGGAACCUCCAUACUGUUCUCCAUAGUGGCUGUACCAAUUUACAUUCCCACCAACAGUGCAAGAGGGUUCCCUUUUCUCCACACCCUCUCUAGCAUUUAUUUAUUUUUAAAAACAUUCUUUUUAUUUAUUUUUUAAUCAACACCUUAAUAGAUUCACAAUUACUUUAUCAGUACUGAUCCUUUUUUUGUUUGUUUGUUUGUUUUUGGCUGCAUCAGGUCUUAGUUGAGGUCUUAGUUGCGGCAUGGGGAUCUUUCGUUGCAGUGUGUGGGCUUCUCUCUAGUUGUGACGCAUGGGCUCUAGAGCACGUGGGCUUAGCUGCCCCAUGGCAUGUGGGAUCUUAGUUUCCCAACCAGGGAUCUAACCUGGGCCCCCUGCAGUGGAAGCAUGGAGUGCUAACCACUGGACCUCCACGGAAUUCCCUCUAGCAUUUAUUAUUUGUAGACUUUGAUGAUGGCCAUUCUGACCAGUGUGAGGUGAUACCUCAUUGUAGUUUCGAUUUGCAUUUCUCUAAUAAUUAGCCAUGUUGAGCAUUUUUCAUGUGCCUUUGACCAUCUGUAUGUCUUCUUUGGAGAAAUGUCCCAUUAGAUCUUCUGCCCAUUUUUUGAUUGGGUUGUUUAUUUUUUGGAUAUUGAGCUAUUUUGGAGAUUAAUCCCUUGUUGGUUGCAUCAUUUGCAAAUAUUUUCUCCCAUUCUGUAGGUUGUCUUUUUGUUUAUGGUUUCCUUUGCUGUGCAAAAACUUUUAAGUUUAAUUAGGUCCCAUUUGUUUAUAUUUUCAUUAUUCUAUAAGACAGAUCCAAAAAGACACUGCUGCAAUUUAUGUCAAAGAGUGUUCUGCCUAUGUUUUCCUCUAGGAGUUUUAUAGUAUCCAGUUUUACACUUAGGUUUUUAAUCUAUUUUGAGUUUAUUUUUGUGUGUGGUGUUAAGAGAAUGUUCUAAUUUCAUUCUUUUAUAUGUAGCUGUCCAGUUUUCCCAGCACCACUUACUGAAGAGAUUUUCUCCAUUGUAUAUUCUUGCCUCCUUUGUCAUAGAUUAAUUGACCAUGGGUGCGUGGGUUUAUUUCUGGGCUUUCUGUCAUAUUCCAUUGAUCUUUCUGCUUUUGUGCCAGUACCAUACUGUUUUGAUGACUCUAGCUUUAUAGUAUAGUCUGAAGUCAGGGAAGCUGAUUCCUCUAGCUCUGUUUUUCUUUCUCAAAAUUGCUUUCACUCUUCGGUGCUUUGGCUAUUUGGGGUCUUUUGUGUUUCCAUAUACAUUUUAAAAUUUUCUGUUCUAGCUCUGCAAAAAAUGUCACUGGUAAUUUGACAGGGAUUGCAUUGAAUCUGUAGAUUGCCUUGGGUAGUAUAGUCAUUUUGACAAUAUUGAUUCUUCCAAUAUAAGAACAUGGUAUAUAUUUCCAUCAGUUUGUGUCACCUUUGAUUUCUUUCAUCAGUGUCUUUUAGUUUUCAGAGUACAGAUUUUUUCCUUUCCUAGGUAGGUUUAUCCCUAGGUAUUUUAUUAGGUUGGCCAAAAAGUUCGUUUGGGUUUUUCCGUAACAUCUUACCGAACUUUCUGGCCAACCCAAUAUUAUUUUUGAUAUGAUGGUAAAUGUGAUUGUUCUCUUUAUUUCUCUUUCUGAUCUCUCAUCAUUAGUGUUUAGAAAUGCAGAUUUCUGUGUAUUAAUUUUGUAUCCUGCAAGUUUACCAAAUUCAUUCAUGAGCUCUAGCAGUUUUUUGUUAGAGUCUUUAGGAUUUUCUGUGUAUAGUAUCAUGUCAUCUGCAAACAGUGACAGUUUUACUUCUUUUCCAAAUUGGAUUCCUUUUAUUUCUUUUUCUAUUCUGAUUGCAGUGGCUAGUACUUUCAAAACUAUUUUUGAAAGAAAGUGGCAAGAGUGGAUAUCCUUGCCUUGUUGCUGAUCUUAGAGGAAAUGCUUUCAGCUUUUCGCCAUUGAGUGUGCUGUUAGCUGUGGGUUUGUCAUAUAUGGCCUUUAGUAUCUUGAAGUAGGUUCCCUCUGUGCCCAUUUUCUGGAGAGUUUUUAUUGUAAAUGGAUGUUGCAUUUUAUCAAAAGCUAUUUCUGCAUCUAUUGGGAUGAUCACAUGGAUUUUAUUCUUCAGUUUGUUAAUGUGCUGUAUUACACUGAUUGAUUUGCAGAUAUUGAAAAAUCCUUGUAUCCCUGGGAUAAAUGCCACUUGAUCAUGGUGUAUGAUCCUUUUAAUGUACUGUUGGAUUCAAUUUGCUAGUACUUUGUUGAGAAUUUUUGCGUCUGUAUUCAUCAGUGAUACUGGCCUGUAAUUUUCUUUUUUUGUGGUAUCUUAGUCUGGUGUUGGUAUCAGGGUGAUUGUGGCCUCAUAGAAUGAGUUUGGAAGUGUUCGUUCCUCUGCAAUUCUUUGGAAUAGUUUCAGAAGGAUGGGUGUUAACUCUUCUCUAAAUGUUCAAUAGAAUAGGCCUGUGAAGCCAUCUGGUCCUGGACUUUUAUUUUGGGGGAGUUUUUUAAUCACAGAUUCAAUUUCAGUACUUGUAAUUGGCCUGUUCAUAUUUUGUUUCUUCUUGGUACAGUCUUGGGAGAUUGUACCUUUCUAAGAAUUUGUCCAUUUCUUCUAGGGUGUCCUUUUUUUUUUUUUUUUUUUUUUCGCAGUACGUGGGCCUCUCACUGCUGUGGCCUCUCCCGUUGCGGAGCACAGGCUCCGGACACGCAGGCUCAGCAGCCAUGGCUCACGGGCCUAACCGCUCCGCGGCAUGUGGGAUCUUCCCGGACCGGGGCACGAACCCAUGUCCCCUGCAUCGGCAGGUGGACUCUCAACCACUGUGCCACCAGGGAAACCCUAGGUUGUCCAUUUUAUUGGCAUAGAGUUGCUUGUAGUGGUCUUUUACGUUGGUUGUAACUGACUUCUCCUUUUUCAUUUCUAAUUUUUUUGGUUUGGGCCCUAUCCCUUUUUUUCUUUUGAGUUUGGCUAAAGGUUUAGCAAUUUUGUUUAGCUUUUCAAAGAACCAGCUUUUAGUUUCAUUGACCUUUUUUAUUGUUUUAUUAGUCUAUUUAUUUCUUCCGUGACCUUUAUGAUUUCUUUCCUUCUACCUAUUUUGUAUUUUGUUUGUUCUUUAGUUGCUUUAGGUGUAAGGUUAGGUUCUUUGAGAUUUUUCUUGUUUCCUGAGGUAAGCCUGUAUCACCAUAAACUUCCCUGUUAGAACUGCUUUUGCUGCAUCCCAUAAGUUUUGGAUCCUUGUGUUUUAGGUUUCAUUUGUCUCUGGGUGUUUUUUGAUUUCCUUGGUGAUCCAUUGGUUGUUUAGAAGCAUAUUGUUUAGCCUCCAUGUGUUUGUUUCCCGCCUAGAGAAGUUUCUUUAGCAUUUGUUGUAAAGUUGGUUUGGUGGUACCAGUUCUUAAGCUAUUGCUUUCUCUGUCAAAUCUGAAUGAGAGCCUUGCUGGGUAGAGUAAUCUUGGUUUUAGGUUUUUCCCUUUCGUCACUUUAUAUUGUGCCACUCCCUUUUGGCCUGCAGAGUUUCUGCUGAAAAAUCAGCUGAUGACCUUAUGGGAAUUUCCUUGUUGCUUUUAAUAUUUUCUCUUAAUCUUUAAUUUUUGUCAUUUUUCUUACUGUGUGUCUCGGCAUGUUCCUCCUUUGGUUACUCCUGUAUGGGGCUCUCUGCACUUCCUGGGCUUGGGUGACUGUUUCCUUUCCCAUGUUAGGGAAGUUUUCUGCUAUUAUCUCUUCAAAUCUUUUCUCAGACACUUUCUUUCUUCUUCUGGGACCCCUAUAAUGUGAAUGUUGGUGCAUUUGAUGUUGUCCCAGAGGUCUCUUCAACUGUCCUCAUUUCUUUUCAUUCUUUAUUCUGUUACACAGCAGUGAUCUCCACUAUUCUGUCUUCCAGUUCACUUAUUCGUUCUUCUGCCUCAUUUAUUCUGCUAUUGAUUCCUUCUAGUGUAUUUUUCAUUUCAGUUAUUGUAGUCUUCAACUCUGUUUGGUGGUUCUUUCUAUUUUCUAACUCUUUCUUAAAACUUCUUGUAGCUCCUCACUCCGCAUGCAUUCUUUUCCCAAGUUCUUUGCCUCGGUUCACAGGCUACAAGAUUGUAGUUUUCUUGCUUCUGGUGUCUGUCCCCAGUGGGUGAGGCUGGUCUAGAGGCUUGUGCAGGCUUCCUGGUGGGAGGGGCCUGUGUCUGUCUGCCCUCUGGGUGGGGCAGGGCUGUAACACGUUGAGAGGUGUCUGUGGUCUCAGGGAGAUUUUAGGCAGCCUGUCUGCUGAUGGGUGGGGCUGUGUUCCCUCCGUGUUGGUUGGUUGCUUGGCCUGAGGCCUCCCAGCACUGGCACCUGUAGGCUGUUGGGUGGGCCCAGGUGUUGGUGGUAAUUACCCAAGCAAGAGGGCUGCCCAGGUAGGUCUGGCCCAGGCUUCUACGAAGUCACUGCUUUCGUCCUGGGUCCUGGUGCUCUGCACCCUCCAAGAGUGGAAUCUCUGUUUUCCUCACUCCUGUGGGGCUCCUGCAGUCAAACCCCGCUGGCUUUCGAAGCCAAAUGCUCUGGAGGCUCCUCCUCCUGACGCCAGACCCCCAGGCUGGGGAGCCUGAUGUGGGGCUCCAAACUCUCACUCUUCUAGGAGGAAGUCUGUGAUAAAAUUACUCUCCAGUCUCUGGGUCACCCACCCAGGUGGUGUGGGAAUUGAUUGUGUCGCAGUUGCACCCCCUCCUACCAUCUCGUUGUGCUUCCUUCUUUGUCUUUGGAUGUAGGAUAUCCUUUUUGGUAGGUUCCAGUCUUUUUUUAAUCAGUUUGUUCAGCAGUUAUUUGUGAUUUUGGUGUGCUCGUGAGAGGAGGUGAGCUCAAGGUCCUUUCUACUCUGCCAUCUUGUCUCCAGUCUGAAUGGCUUUCUCCUGCUGGUAAGCCAUCAGAAUAAAGUGACCAAGUUUAGCAGGGCCUUGAUCGCUGAUAUCUCCCAGUCUGUUUCUGUUCCAAGCCAAAAUAGCAUUUUCAGUUGUAGGUACCAGCGUAUUUAACAUCACCUAAGGAAUAGUUACUCUUCAGUUUCUGUUGUGGAAUGUACUCAAUUAUUUUUUUUCUGGGCUUCCAGUGCGAAUGUCAGUGUAAACGGUCUUUGUGACCUUGAGCAAGUGACUUAACCUCUCUGUGCCUUGGUGUCCUCAUCUGGUGUUUGGCAGAGAUGCUUUGCAGCUGUACGUUGAGAGAGAUACAGCAGUCGACAGCCCCAGACCAGCUCCACCUUGACCCCAGGAAUGUGCCUGUGCAGAUGAGCUGAGAGUUGAUUCUUAAAAUGAUGUGGGGGACUUUGAAAAAGCCGCCUGAGGUUUGUCCAGAUUCUGGAAUUAUGUGAUUACGUCCACAAAGUAACAGGGAGAGGUUCCCCUAUCUACGCAUUGCUGCCAUCUGAGGUAGGGAAAUCCUUGAAGACCUUUUAUCGAGUCUUUUAAUGAUUUCUUAGUAAUGUUCAAAAUAGUUUAAGAGAGUUAAGGUCAGCUGAUAACUGAUUGAUUCUUUUCUUAGAUUCAGAUCUAAACAAACGCAGCAUGAUCCAGGGAUAUGCCUCUUGGCUUCCGUUUGCAAUAUUGUGAACUUGCCUUACGAGGAUGCAUUUGUUGUUUAUACUACGACAUAAGUUUGCACAGCCAGGCCCACCCAUUUAUGUGAUCUGGCAGAUUCCAGGCUUCCUGAGGAAGACUAGAGGUUCUUUUCAAAGCUGGAGUUGUCCAUGAGUGAGGCUCUGCUCCAUGCAAAGCCAGUGUGCUUCAGCCAGGAGACAGGAGCUCGUGUCUCCACAAAGCCAGGAGAAAAGUCUGGAAUGCUCCUAACAUGUUGUUCUGUUUUAAACAGCCUUCUACAUUUUGUCUCUUAAAAUUGUGCUCCACAUCUUCCCUGGCAUUGGUGGGAGCUUCCCUGGGUAAGCAGCAGUGCUUAGAUUCUGCUUCCAGGGCAGCCGCGUGCCUUCCCAAACACGGCUUCCAGCAGUGUGUGUAGAAAUGCAGCCUGAGAAUUCCCAUCCACCCUGCAGAAGAGUUAACGGUGAUACCCAGGCUUCUCUCCAUCCUCGAAGAUUUACCGGAAAGGUUCGGUUACUGGAGGCUGGAAACAUUCACAGGCACGUCUGGACACCCUGCUGUAAUGCACAUGGUCUGUGUAAGGUGGGGUGUCUCUGCUACCUACUUGAGAUUAAUCCUGAGUGAUAAUACCUGAAAUACUGCCUUUUUUCUAUCUGUAUUAAA